UCAACCCCAAUCCUCCUCUCGAUUGCGUCACCGCCCCCGUCGCCGUUUGGAAGGAGAAGAGAGAGAGAGAGAGAGCAACACCAUUGCUGCAUUUACUCGAAGAUGCUCUCCAAAUGCACCUUCGGUUCACUCCUAAUCGUCUUGUCAUUCUUUCUAAUGGUUCGCGUGCUGUAUGUUUUGUACCGAUGUGGCAAACCUUUUCCCAAAGGAGCUUCACCCUCUUUUACUACUCUCAUUGUUCUUGGUUCCGGAGGGCACACGGCAGAGAUGUUGAGUCUCCUCUCUGUUUUGCGGAUGGAUAGAUAUACACCCAGGUUCUACAUUGCUGCUGCUACUGAUAACAUGAGUCUCCAGAAAGCUCGUUCCUUUGAACAUUCUCUACCUGACAAGCUGCUUGCUGUUAAGGAAGACUCCUUACGGUUCUCACAAAUUUACCGGAGUAGAGAAGUUGGUCAGUCUUAUGUGACUUCGGUUUGGACUACUAUUGUUGCUAUUGUCCACGCUCUGUGGCUAAUGAUCCGGAUCAGACCCCAAGUGAUUCUUUGCAAUGGUCCUGGGACCUGUAUUCCUCUCUGUGUGAUCGCUUUCCUGUUCAAGGUGCUGGGAAUUAGAUGGUCAUCCAUCUUUUAUGUUGAGAGUGUAGCAAGAGUUAAGAAGCUCUCUUUAAGUGGAUUGCUUCUGUAUAACUUAAGGAUGGCUGAUCAGUUCUUUGUUCAAUGGCCACAGCUCCAAAAGAACUACCCUCGUGCUCACUAUGUUGGCUGCCUCAUGUAAAGCUGAUUUUCGGAACCAUAUCCU